CCUGGCAACCGCAGUAAACGGAGACUGGAGGCGGAUUCUGAGACUCCGAACAGGCUGCCGCAGGCGGUACCUGAGGGACAUGAAGGAACCAGAUGAUCAGGAUACUGGUGAGGGGAGAUCAGAAAGAUCAAAGAGUGAUGGGAAGCAGUCUUCUAAACCUGCUGCAAAAGAAGAUGCCACAGAAGAAGCAUUGACUGAAGGCGAAGAAUCAUAUUUAGAGGAAAAAGACUCAGAUGAGGAAGAUUUAGAAGGAAGUUCAAGUUCAAUUCAAGAUGAUUAUUUGGAAACCAUUAGACCAUCUCAGGAAGCUCCUGCCCCAGCUUUGGAAGAGGCAGAGGAGGCUGUUAAGAAGAAAAUAUCAGAGAGUUUCUUCUAUGAUUAUUCAGAACUUGCUUCGAUGCCUUUUGUGACUCCAGAUUCGAACAUACCCCUGGAUCUUCUCACGCUCGUACAUUCUUUCGGUUAUGACUGUAGAAAGCGAGCCAACCUGCAGCUUCUGGACAGCAAUACCGUGAUGUACAUCGCUGGGAACCAGCUGAUCCUUCUGAAUUUUAAAACCAAGGAACAGACCUACCUGCGAAGUAGCAGUGGUGAAGGAAUUGGUGUCAUUGGGGUUCAUCCAUAUAAAACUCACUUCACAGUAGCUGAAAAAGGAAGUUACCCAAAGAUUAUCAUCUAUGAAUAUCCUUCUCUGAAGCCUUACAGAAUACUUCGGGAUGGGACUGAGAAGGGCUAUGCUUACGUGGACUUUAACUACAGGGGCACCUUGCUGGCCUCGGUGGGUAGCAACCCUGAUUACACACUGACCAUCUGGAACUGGAAAGAAGAGCAACCCAUACUGAGGACAAAAGCUUUUGCUCAAGAAGUUUUUAAAGUCACUUUCAACCCUGAAGAUGAAGAGCAGCUUACUACAUCAGGGUCAGGCCAUAUCAAGUUCUGGGAAAUGGCCUAUACAUUCACUGGUCUCAAACUUCAGGGAUUGCUGGGUCGAUUUGGCAAAACAGCCACGACUGACAUAGAAGGCUACAUGGAGCUCCCAGAUGGGAAGGUACUGUCAGGGUCAGAAUGGGGCAACAUGCUGCUUUGGGACGGCGGUCUCAUCAAGGUGGAACUGUGUCGAGCUGCACAGAAGUCCUGUCACCAGGGUCCUAUUAACCAGAUAAUGCUGGACGAGGGUGAAGUGAUCACUGUUGGCUCAGAUGGCUGUAUCAGGAUAUGGGAUUUUGAGACAAUAGACACUGCUGAUUCUGUCGAUGAAACUGGAUUGUUAGAGAUUGAGCCUAUUAAUGAACUUCAAGUAGACAAGAGUGUCAACCUCUUCUCUAUGAUAAAAAUGAAUGAAACUGGAAAUAAUUUUUGGCUGGCUCAGGAUGCCAAUGGAGCCAUAUGGAAGCUUGAUCUCAGUUUUUCAAAUAUUACCCAGGAUCCAGAAUGCCUCUUCUCCUUCCAUUCUGGAGCUAUUGAAGCGUUGGCCCUUUCUCCUCUCACUUAUCUCAUGGCCACGACUGCCCUGGAUUGCUCGGUUCGAAUCUAUGACUUUGCUAGCAAAACUCCUUUGGUUCAUAUGAAAUUCAAGCAAGGAGGUACUACCCUUGCUUGGGUACCCCGAAUGGUAAGCUACACUGGAGCACAAAUUAUUGUGGGAUUUGAAGAUGGAGUUGUUCGAAUCCUUGAACUUUAUGAUCCAAAAGGUCUCACAAUUUUUGCAGGACGGAAGAAAGUUUUGGAUGCAGAUAUUCACUUGAAAUAUGUUUUUAAACCCCAUACUGAUCAUGUCACUGCUUUAGCUUAUGAACGUGAUGGAGAAAUUCUAGCUACAGGAAGUAAAGAUCAUACUGUCUUCUUCUUUGAAGUGGAAAAGGAUUAUAAGCCAAUUGGUUAUAUUAACACUCCGGGACCUGUUAUCCAGUUAAUGUGGUCUACAAUCUCUCAUCCUGAGAGUACUUUACUGAUUAUCUGUGAGAAUGGUUAUGUUCUUGAAGCUCCAUGUCCAACCAUAAAGGAAGAAGAGGAUGAUCAUGAUGUUGUCUCCUAUGAAAUCAAAGACAUGUGCUUGAAGUGUUUCCAUUACUCAAGUGUCAAAUCUAAGAUUCUGAGGUUAAUAGAAAUUGAGAAAAGAAAGAAGAAAAAGGAAUUGAAGGAAAAGGAAAGGGAAGCACGGAGGAAGCUAAAAGAAGAAAUGGGAGAAGAUGGAGGGAAAGAACUCCUGGACGAGGGGGAGGAGGAGGAGGAAGAGGAGCCAUUACCUGAACUCUUCAUGCCGCCAACCCCGUCUCCCAUCCUGUGUGGAUUUUACUCUGGGCCAGAGAAAUUCUGGCUUUCUUUUGGUGGCUAUGAUUCUGGAUUUCUGUAUCACUGUGCAUUCCCCUCAUAUGAUAAAGAGAGUGAUUUCAAAGGACAGAAAGAUGAACCUUUUGAUUUCUGUUUUCUUGAGGAUACAGAAGAUAACCCCAUCCAAGCUAUCACUUUCAGCAUUAACCAAACUAUGAUGUUUUGUGGAAUGAGAAAUGGAGCAAUUCGAGUCUAUACCUUAAGUGAGAAUGAUACUUCAUUAACCAAUUUGGUGGAAUACUGGCACUUCAGUAUGCAUGACAAUAAUUAUGGAUGCAUUAAAAGCAUUUCUACUAGUUUUGAUGACCGUUUCUUGGUGACUGCUGGAGCAGAUAGUAAUAUCUUUGUUUUUAACAUUUUUUCUGAAUUUGUAUUAAAGAAAGAACUCAAAGCCAAAGUGCCAUCUCCCAGGUAUGGAAUUGAAUCAGAGCCAAUUCCAGAAGAUAUUGAAGAUCCCAAAGUAUACAGUAUUGAGAAUGCCAGGAGAAAAAGAAAGCAUGACAAGUUAAUGAAAGAAGUGGAAGAAAUAAAAGCUGGGAAGAGAGAGCGAAUCAAAGCUUUGAGGAAUGAGUUUUUGAAACUAUUAGCGAUGAAUAAAGAAUUACCAAAGCAUAUGCAGUUUAAACGGACAGAUUUUGAUCUUGAUUCCAAAAUCCGUGCUGAUAUUGACAGAAAAACGGCUCACAAAAUCCAACAAGUGGAAAAAGAACUAGCCUGGGAAAAAGAGAAACAUGAACUUUGCCUAAUGAAGCUACAGAAUAGAUUUCAUGAUGCAUUGGAAGGUGAUGUUGUUGUCGUUCAUGCCAUCCAAAGUGACCACAAGAUAUCUUCCUACAGGCUGGUGAAGCCUUCCAAGUACUCCAAAUUGAAGCGACCAAGUCAGGCAGAGAGAAGACAAAGCAAAUUUGAGAGGUUUGAAAAAGAGGGACUUGGAAAAAAGGAUAGCCGGAGAGAUACAGAUGAAAGUGUUAGCAUAAUAGAAGAAGCAAUAAUGGAAAAAGAGAAGAAAUUUCGGCCUAGAACUCUAAGUGAAAUUAUGAUAGAAAAUCAAAUAGAGAAAACAAGGAAACUUAUAUUAAAAGCUGAGAGGGCCCAACAUAAGAUACAGCAACGAAAAAAAGAAUGGGAGGAACUAUACAAGAGUAAGCCUGAUGAUGACUAUGAGGAUCCCAAGGACGUCCAAGCCAUCAAAGAAGCCCAAGUGUAUAUGGGAGAUUUCAAUCUGAAGACAGCCCCCGACUAUAAGAUACCCGAGCAUAUGAGAAUAAAUGCUGCCAAGAAGGAGGAGGAACUGGGACACCUGGACUCGCUGGCCCACAGCAAGAAAAUGCACAUGAACAAGUGCAUCCUCUCCAUUCGAGACCUUAAAGUGGCAGUUAUAGACGAAAUACAGUGCCUGGUGCAGGAAUUGAAGAACAUUCAGUUAUCUCUUGACAUAUCCAAGCACAUCCCCAUUCCCCAGGUGCCUCAGAUCUACCCAGAAGAAGUUCCAGAAAGGAGAUUUCACUAUGAUGAGGAAACUCUCCUAAGGUUUAAGCGGCAGCGUAUGAAAAGUCGGGAUGAAAAUUCAUCCCAAGUGGAACAGAUAGAGUCUGGAAGCUCAGGUGGAGGAUUCCUCAAACCCUCCUCUGGAAAGAAUGGGGAUUUGACAUCACGAGAUUCUAUAGCCAGAUCAUCAAGAGCAUCCGCAUACUCUCUGGAUAUUCCAAAGUUAACAGAAUUUGAAAAAGCAGAGCCAACUGAUGUGGAGCUGGAGAUUAUGAAGAGGGAUGAGAUUAAACACCUGUACAUGCAACAGUAUUUGUCCAACAGGAUCAAAGAGCUGAUUAUCACUUUUGAUGCAGAACUCCGUCUCCUGAGACACCACAAGCUGAAACUGGACACCCAGAUGAAAUUAUCUGACCUGCACCAUCUCACGUUAUUUCAAGAGAUGCUUCUCCUCAAGAAUUUUGAAAAGCAGGAGAACAUACUUCAAGAGCGUGUGAAUUCACUGGACAAAGAGGAGCAGGACAUGCAAUGGAAAAUAAGUGAAACUCUUAAGGAGAUGGAAGAGAAAAAGAUUGAAAUCACCAAGCUCCAGGAACAAGAAAAGGCACUUUAUGCUGGUUUCCAAGCAGCCGUUGGAGAAAACAAUAAAUUUGCUAACUUCCUCAUGAAAGUCCUAAAGAAGAAGAUUAAGAGGGUAAAGAAAAAGGAGGUUGAAGGAGAUGCCGAUGAAGAUGAGGAAAGUGAGGAAUCAAGUGAGGAAGAAUCCAGCUUGGAGAGUGAUGAAGAUGAGUCUGGAUCGGAAGAUGAGGUGUUUGAUGAUUCCAUCUGCCCAACGAGUUGUGACCCAGCUCUUUUUGAACUGGCCCUUCAGCUCCGUGAGAAAAGGCUGGACAUUGAGGAGGCCUUAGUUGAAGAAAAGAAAAUUGUUGAUAACCUCAAAAAAGAAUAUGAUACCUUGUCUAAAAAAGUGAAAGUUGUGGCCACGAAUCUGAACGCGGCAGAGGAGGCCCUGGAGGCCUAUCAGCGAGAGAAGCAGCAGCGCCUGAACGAACUGCUGGUGGUCGUGCCGCUCAAGCUCCACCAGAUAGAGUAUAUGGUGUUUGGAGAAAUCCCUAGUGAUCUUUCUGGUACUUUGGUCUUCUCUAACCACUCCUUGGGACGGCUGCAGGAAAGAAUUGUUCAGCUCCAAGAAGAAAAUUCCAAGCAGCAAAAGCUUAACAAAGAAUGCCGAGAGAGGCGUAAACAGCUCAUCCGGGAAAAGAGAGAGAUGGCCAAAACUAUACAUAAAAUGGAAGAAACAGUCCGUCAACUGAUGGUCAGCAAGUUUGGCCGUGUGAUAGACCUGGAAGCCCUUCAGACGCUUUCUGUUAACACAACUCUUGAGGAACUAAAGAUCAGAAAACUUCGAAAGGAGCUAUCGAAUGCGAAGGAAAUGAAGAUGUGGGAGGAAAAGAUUGCUCAAAUGCGAUGGGAACUAAUGAUGAAGACAAAAGAACACACCAAAAAGCUUCAUCAGAUGAAUGAUCUAUGUAUUGAAAAGAAGAAACUAGAUUCUCGAUUGAAUACACUACAGAACCAGCAGGGCAAUGCCUUCCAGAGGCCCCGGAAAGCAGAUAUUGUGGCAAAAGAGAGGAUCACAGAACUGAUCCGAACCCAGUCGGAAAGGAUUUUGGCCCUAAAGCAAGAGAUUGCUCUACUGCGCAAGAAGGGGGGCCUUAUCCUGCCACCCAUUCAGUCUGUACAAGAGACCGACGUGAAGCCCACGGAGCUAUGA